UCGCUCGUUUCCCGCUCAUUCGUGCCACAGCGUAGCUACGGUUCUGAUGUGCUUGCGUAGCUCGUUGAGUGAAGGGCAAAGAGACGUUAGGGGAAGUUCGAGGUUAGGAGUAGGGUUGUGCGAGUAGAUAGGAUAGAUUUUCUAGGUGUUUCGCGGUUUUCGCUUAGGUCUCGCGUUUAGCUUCGUGGAUCCCUUGGGUUCCGUGGACUCGAGCAAGAUGCCGAAAAGAUCAGGCAACAACAGAUGGGGCGGCCGAGGUGGUAACCGAGGAAACGAUGACAAAGGGUAUUUUGGUCACGAUGAUCGUACGAUGGUACAAAAUGUAGGAAGGGAUGGUGGACCUCACGUCGGUCCCACCAAACAUCGUGUAUCGUUUAAGACACUUAGGCCGAAUCACAGGGAUAUGUCGCGUAAUUUGAUAUUGUCGAAUUUGAUACUGGACGCGGACAUUCCAAUGGCGGGUAGUUCCAACAAUAAUACUAGGCAGGUGAUAAUGAAGAGAGAUAGAGAUAGGGGUGAUAGGACUUGGCAUACGGUCUCUCGCGGUAGGAACAGUCCGAUGCCGAAUAGGAAUUUCAAAGGAGGCCAAGCUGGUUUGAGGUCACGGGUGCUUCCGAUCGUCGAGUCCAAUUGGUAUAGGAUAAUUAUACCAUUUGGUAAUAAGUAUGAGAAGGACUAUGUUAUUAAUUCGCUUCUGAACUGUAUGGCGCCUGAAGUAUUUAUUCCCAUAAUGUACAAGGUAAUGGGAAAUGAAGCCAGUUUCUAUAUUGACGAUCAUAAGACGGCGAACGCAUUGUUGCGUUGCGAUCGCAAGGUUCUGAUGAAUGACGGGUUCAAGUUACAAGUGAAGGCGAAGCCCGGAUUUCCAAUUUGCGAAAUUGAUGACAAGUUGAAAGAACGAUUGAAGCACGCCAUGGUCAAGAGAUAUGUGCAAGAGAAAAAUGCUCUAGACUUGUCCAAGUUUCAUGUUGACUCUGAUCUUUACUCGGAUUACUUUUGUGCGUUGUGCCACCCUGUUAUGUUGAUGGUUGUGUUAGAUAUUGUUGGGGAACACAUUCCGAAUCUAGAAGCAUUAAACUUAGAAGGCAGCAAGUUACAGAAUAUCGAGAGACUUGAGGUGUUGAAUAAGAAGUUCUCGAAAUUGAAGAUUCUUUAUAUUGGUGAUAAUAAGAUCAAAGAUAUUCACCAACUGAAUUGUAUUAAGGAUCUAAAACUGGAAGAAUUGAAGUUGUCUGGAAACCCUGUUUGCAACAAGUAUAAGUCUCGGCAAAGUGAUUACAUAAGUGACGUUCGAAAGAGAUUCCCCAGGUUGCUACGAUUGGAUGGCAUAGAGUUACCGCGUCCAAUUAUUUUUGAUGUUAUCGACAUAACUGCCAGGAUACCUCCAUCGCAAAGAAUGUUUGUUUCGGAUCCUAAAAUUCAAGUGAUAGCGAGCCAGUUUUUGCAACAAUACUUCACGAUAUUUGAUAGCGAUAAUCGUCAACCUUUACUCGAUGCAUACGCCGAAAAUGCAUGCUUAAGCCUGACGAUAACCAAUUUUCAUAACAAUAAUCACAAGUUAAAUAGGUAUUUAACGGAGAAUAGAAACUUAUUUAGAAUAAAUGAUUCAAAUAGAAGACAGAAGUUAUUAAAACAGGGUAGAUUGCCAGUAGUUUCGUUUAUAUCGGAAAUGCCAAAGACAAGGCAUUUAUUGAAUACCUUUACCAUGGACAUCACUCUUGCAACACAAGCAAUGAUGUUCAUUACUAUAACGGGUUACUUUCAAGAACUUGAUAAAGACGAGCCCAUUCGUUACUUCAACCGAACCUUCAUAAUUGUUCCGGAAGGUGCGGGAUACUGUAUUCGAAAUGAGCAGUUGCACAUUGGUCAGCCGCCUGACGCGCAGUUAAAGCAACUGCAUCAGCAAUUGAAUCAGCUCAGAAGUCAACCGCAACCGCAGACGGUGCCGUUGGAAACUUCAGAAGUAGCGAAACCGAUGAGAACAGAAGAACAACUUAGCGCCGAAAUAAAACAGCAAAUGACGGUGACGUUAAGUCGGCACACAAAUAUGAAUAUGGAAUGGAGCUUAAAGUGCUUACAAGAGACUCAGUGGAAUUAUGAUAAUGCACUCUCUGCUUUUCACGAGUUCUUUAAACGUGGGCAGAUACCGUCAGAAGCGUUUACGAAGUAAACGCCAUAUAUUGAGUAAGAAAACUUGCCAUUGUGAUAAUAGCGUAAGAAAAAUCAGAGUGCAGGAGCUUCUUGUAUAACUGCGAUCUCCAUUCCAUUCCGUCGUAUACUUUUUUUUAUAAGUAUACUUAUUUUGUAUCUUGUAUCAAAACUUGAGUAGAAAGCAUUUGGUUAUUUGUUACUUUCGAUUUAUGUAUUUCUGGCAACAAAAUUAUUAAUUUUUUUGAGGAAAGGGUAAAUGCUAGAAAAAGUAAUAGAUUAGGUAUAUUAAUGGAGUUCCUUUAAAAAACUGUUUCAAAUGUAUCUACAAUCCGUCUUGUUUAAACAUUUAAAUUUUGUUUAAACAUCUGAAUCUUGUUUAAACAUUUAAAUUUGCACACAAUACAUUCACAUGAAAAUUGUUAAAAGUCAUCAUUUCUAUCUCAUUACAAUCUUGUUUAAGAAAAGUCAUAACUAUGUUUAUAUUCUGAUUUUUAACAAAUUUCAUACGUAUAGAGAUAUAUUAUUGUUUGACAGUACUAGUGAAAACAGUAAAUUUUCCAACAAUUAUUUGUAACCCAUAGUUUUUUCUGAAAUUAUGAAAAUGUUAAUAAAGUACACAUUUUUGAACAAAGCAGAAGUGGUGCUCCAACAAGAAUCACAGCUAUUUUGUGACAACAAAACAAAACGAGCUGUAAAAACAUAUGUAUCUAAAGUUUUAAUGGAGGGCUUCAAGUUUUUAUAAGAAUAAUUAUAGAUAUCUCUGAUGUGAUCUUCAACUGGAAGCUUUCCAUUAAAACCUUACAUACAUAUGCUUUUAGAUUGUUUUGUUCAUUGUUACAAAAAAAUUGCGAUUUCUGCUAGAACACCACUCUGCAUAUUUAGGUAUUUUUGGGUAAUAUGUAUGAUGAAAUCACUGAUCAUUAUGUAUAGGAUUAUGUUUGCAUAAUCGUAAUUACGUUAUGUAUGACUAUAUACACAAAGUGAUGAACUGAAUAUUCCCAAAAAUAAUUUUUAUACUUUUACAAGCAGUUAUUUGGUAACACUAGUGAUCAUUUGGGUUACUGUUCAUUGGUGUUAUUUGAUAAAUAUACACCGUCUAAAUUGAAAUAGAUAUGUGCACAUUUAAUAGUAAGACAAGUCAGAUUACUAAUAGACUGAUUAACUUAGGAACUUAGUUAUUCUACAUAUAACAAGUAAUAUUUUGUUGCCAAUGUUUCUAGGUUUUGAUACAAGGUAUAAAAAAUUUAGUUAUUUAGUCUUUCCGUGGGGAGAACAGAAAUUAUUAUUAUUAAUUUCACGUUAAGAUAUGAAUAGACAUUCAAAAAUUUACAUACCAUUUAGUAACACAUCAUAAAAAUAAAUUUUAUGAUGUAUUUCUUAUGCAUUCAUAAGCGUUUGCAAUGUACAUUUAAAUUUUCAGAGUCAACCAAUUUAUUCGAGAUUCGGAAAGAGUAUGAACUAAAAGAAAAAUUUAUAUUCCAUUAACACAUUUAAAUUUUCGAUUUGCUCAUGAAGUACGAGCAAAUGGGAAAUAUAAAUAUAUUCAAUGAUGUUACCGUGAUUGCAAUGAUGUUAGAUACAAAAAAUUUAGAUUUGUUAGAUUGGACUUGCUUCCAAGAAAGAGAGAGAGAGCCAUUUAAAAGAUAUUGAUACUUUUUAUUUUUUUAAAUUAAAAAGAAAUUAAGAAACUUUUAUAUUAUAUAGGCGAGUUGGAGUCUAUAUAUUAUGCACAUAUAUUUUUUGUACACAAAAGUAAAAAGUAUCUAUCUUUUUCUCUAAUUAAAAAGAUUUCCGUUUGUAUCUAUAACAAACAACACAAUAUUCUCCUAAUUGUAUCUAACAUCAUUGUGAACAGUUAAUUUAAGAAAUUUUACA